UGUUGUGCAAAGUAUUAUUCGAUGUCAUUUUAACAUUGCACUUUGUUAUGUGAACUGUGAACGUUAUCCAGAAGUAAUGGCAGUGUCUACAGAAAAUAUAGUUAGUGGCAAGAAGGGGAAUUCUUGUAUGCAAUUGUUGGUGGCUGUGCUAGCGAAUACCACACUCCUAACAUAUGGGUUUCAAGCGGGCUGGGUGUCACCGAUGACAAAAGUUUUACAAUCAGAGGAUUCGCCGGCCGGUUAUCCGUUGUCAGACUAUGAAAUAUCAUGGAUAGCAAGCUCUCUUUGUAUAGCCGCGACGGUUGGUGUCUCUCUAUUCGCAUAUAUCGUUGACAGAUAUGGGAGGAAAGUAGCAAUUUUAAUAAUGGCUGUUUUGCAAGCGCUAUGUUGGAUAAUGAAGUUAUCCUCAGCACACAUAGCAGUAUUAAUCACAGCUCGGUUGUGUGCUGGGCUCUCUGCCGGCGGUUGUUACAACGUAGUACCAAUGUACGUCAGGGAAAUAAGCCAGGAUGACAUAAGAGGGGUGCUCGGAUCCUUCAUAAUUCUGUUUCAAAAUAUUGGAAUACUGGCAAUGUUUGCGAUGGGAGCAUACCUAAAUUACUACACUGUGUUGUGGAUCGUGGUUUGGGUACCAGUAUUAACUAUAAUACUGAUGUUAAAGGCACCUGAGUCACCAGCCUUUUUGGUAAAACGUGAAAGAAUUGAGGAGGCGGCGUCAACUAUAGCGUUCCUCCGAAAAUUAGAAGUCACCGACAAAGUUAUACAAAACGAAAUUGACUUCAUGAAAAAUGAAGAGCUUACUUAUAAUUCACUGCCGAAGAUUUCUUUCAUAAGUAUAUUCAAGAACAAGGCGUGGCGUCGUGGUUUCAUCCUCAUCUUGAUUUUGGUGACAUUUCAAACAAACAGCGGUAACUUUGCCACUUUGACGUAUUCGCCCGCCAUUAUGAAAUCAGCCGGCGUCACGUGGAAUCCAGAGCUACAGACGUUGAGUUUCCCCGCAGUUAUGAUCCUUGCCUCAUUUAUCUCUAUGAGUUGUGUGGAAAAGUUCGGUCGGAAACCUAUCAUCAGCGUUACGUUUGCUGUAGCAAUUUUGGCUCAUGCAGUGUUGGGAACAACAAUGUUACUCCAAUCUCAAGGAGGUGCUACACCUGGAUGGCUGGCCGUGUUGGCUAUUGUGUUGUACGUCUUUGUAUACGCUGGUGGAAUUUCACCUAUGCCAUACAUUAUUAUGGCAGAAAUGUUUAAUUUUCAAGUAGAUACGCGCAAAAGUAAUGGGUUGUCUAGUGACAUACGCGUGGUUCAUGUCCUUUCUCCAGCUGGCUUCGUUUACGGCCGUUGCGAACUUUCUUGGGGUAUACUCUGUGGUUUAUUGUUACGCCGGUAUCAACCUCUGUGGGGCUUUAGUCAGCUUAAUAUUCUUACCAGAGACAAAAGGUAAAUCUGCCGAGCAAAUAGAAAUGGAUCUAUUAGGUAAAAAUAAACAAGUGCGGUGACCGUUGUGUUGUGAAUUGAAUAUUUAAUGUGAAUUGUGAAGAUAGAAGAAGAAUGUUAGAGCAAAUUUGUUUUAAAUGAUAAAAUGAGUCGUUAAUGUGUCAACGAAGCGAUGUAAUGAAACUAAUGAGGUUUACAAACCGUUACAUAUUUUUAUGAGCAUAAGUUAGUUUUAAUGAUGAUAUGUAUGAACCAAUUGACUAGUUCCUAGAAUCAAUUGUUACGUAGAUGAGUCAAA